GAACAUUAUGAUUAUAAUCCCCCUCUUCAUAGUGAUUAGCCAUGCCUGUUCUAACUCAGCAAACACAGGAUGGAGCAACAAUUACUCGAAGAUGUUGAUUACAACAGCCAAUUCCAUAACAAAUGUGGAUCUCAAUACAGUCUGUCCUAAAAUUGAUCCAGCUAAGGUUCCAGGUUUACCACCCUAUCAAUACCUGAGUUCUAGCAGCUGUCUUGGAUAUUUGGGACCAUUGGGCCCUUAUGGACCAUUAUCUUCCCUGGGACCUCUCUCCAAUCCUUUUUGGUACCCCUCCAACUAUUUUGGAUAAAUCUAAUUGCCUACUAAUAUAUAGUAGAUAAUCCAAUGGAGCCAAAUUUAGUAUGGAGCUCCCAUGUCAAAAGACGGUCCAUUGGGUUAUAAAGGUCCUUUGGCCACAACUCAAUAUUAUGGAUAAUAAGAUCCAGGGAAAACCUUAUUUGAAUCCAAUGACUUUGCUGUACAAUUAAGAGCCUUUGGUUUAUGGUCAGCACUUGGCCCAAUUGGACCAUUAGGGCCUCUAGGACCCUUGGGACCCUUAGGACCAAUAGGAGAUCAUGGAUACAGUGUAGAUCUUAAUGGAAACUAUCUUAAUGGUACUAAAAUAGUGAAGACGGUUACCAUAGAUUAUGAUGGUAGCAGUACUAGAACAUAUCCUUUGUACGAGUUUUAUUAAAGCAGUUAUGCUAAGACUAUUCAAUUGGAUACAUCAUUUUUAGUAGAGAGUGAUGUUUGUUAAGGGGAUGAUGCCUAUCAAAUUGGUGGUCUUCCGUUUAAUUAAAUAGUCACAUUUGUGUUGACUCCUCUUUUGGCUUUGGAUUCGUAUUCUUUGAUUUUACAGGAUCAAUUUGGUAAGGUGCUAGCCUAAUCAAAUGCUGAUAAUUACAUUCAAACAAUUUAAGUGAAUGUUAAGAUGAAUACUAAACUAAGUGUGAUAGUUCAUCCAAUUUUCCUGUCUACAACAAUUGGAUCUUACAGACUAUUCGUCACAGGGUCAACAUAAUACAUUACUUAGUACAAUAUAUCUGGAAAUCAAAUUUAAUCCAAUUGAUUUUAU